AUGGAAGCGUCGAGUGGUGAGCGUCCUGUGGGUGCGGUGGUGGCUAAUGCGGAGGUGCCGGCCGGCAGACCCGGUCGUAUUAGUAUCAGGGGAAGGACGGUCAGCCUGGUGCCGCUGGAGUCAAGACAUGCUGACCAGCUGUAUCCUCUGAUUGCCGGGAAAGAGAAUGAACAGUUGUGGGAUUAUAUGCUUGUGGGCCCUUUUAAGUCAGUUCAUGAGUUUAAGGAGUGCAUUACUAGUUACGCUAAUAGUACGGACGAUGCGUUCUAUGCUAUUAUCGAUAAUGCGACCUCCGAGGCGGUGGGGUACAUCUCUUUUCUCAAUAUCAAUCCCACUCAUAAAUCAAUUGAACUGGGUAAUAUAUUAUAUACUUCUAAAUUACAGCGCACUGUCGGAGCUACUGAAGCGGUGUAUCUGAUGUCCAGAUAUGCAUUAGAAGACCUCGGAUACCGUCGUUAUGAGUGGAAAUGUAAUAACCUUAAUGCCCCUUCUCGGAGAGCUGCUCUACGCUACGGGUUCCAGUUUGAGGGAGUGUUCCGUAAUCACUUCAUUGUGAAGGGUCGCUCUAGAGACACUGCGUGGUUUUCUAUUCUGGACUCAGAGUGGCCUGUGGGGAAGAAAGCAUUCGAGGGUUGGUUAGAUCCUAGUAAUUUUGAUGCAAAUGGAAAACAACUGCGAAAGUUGGAGCAGUUUCGUCAGAGUUAG